AAGCUUACCAUCACUCCCAAAUAAUCACACACAACUUGGCAAAAAUUUAAUCAAGAACAAAAUUAUGUUUUGGGGAGUGGUUUUGUUUUGUGUGUUGUCUCUAAGAGGAGCAUUGACACAAGAUGUUGGUGCUCUUAUUAGUAAAGACAUAUUUGAGAGAAUGCUAUUGCAUCGCAACGAUGCCAACUGUGAUGGCAAAGGAUUCUACACUUAUGAUGCUUUUAUAACAGCUGCAAGGUCCUUUGGUGCUUUUGGAACUACUGGAAACACCAACACUCGUAAGAAGGAAAUCGCUGCAUUUUUGGCUCAAACUUCUCUUGAAACUACCGGGGGGUGGCAAACAGCUCCGGAUGGUCCAUUUUCAUGGGGAUAUUGCUUCAAGCAAGAACGAGGUAGCCCACCAGAUUACUGUGUUGCAAAUCAACAGUGGCCUUGUGCUCCUGGUAAAAAAUACUUCGGUCGAGGUCCUAUCCAAAUAUCCUACAACUACAACUAUGGACCAGCAGGAAAAGCCAUAGGAGUUGAUUUGUUAAGAAAUCCAGAUGCUGUUGCAAAUGAUCCAGUAGUUUCAUUUAAGACAGCCUUGUGGUUCUGGAUGACAGCCCAGAGACCAAAGCCAUCGGCCCAUUAUGUUAUUACUGGUAAAUGGAGACCAACAGGAGCUGAUUUGUCUGCUGGUCGUGUCUCUGGCUAUGGUUUAAUCACCAACAUCAUUAAUGGAGGAAUAGAAUGUGGAAAAGGUUCUAAUCAAAAUAUGGAGAAUAGAAUUGGGUUUUACAAGAGAUAUUGCCAGAUUCUUGGAGUCAAUCCUGGCGUCAAUUUGGAUUGUGCUAAACAAACGCCUUUUGGGCAGUAAACCCUACCCUUUUAUAAUUUAGUCUAAAAUAAACUACUACAAGUUAUAUAGUCAAAUAAUGCUUCGGUGCUUUGUGUUUA